GUCAGAAAACCAAUGGAAGAGGCUUACCACGUGUUUGAAAAAUGCCUCAAAGAAGGGGUUCAAACAUCCAAAACCUCAUGUGACAAAACCCUGAAGUCCAUCUUACACCCUGUACAUAUUUGAAUUAUAAUUAUAUGAAAACAACUUAUUUUACACUAUAUUUGGACAUGUUGAAAGUUGUGUGUUUUCCAUUUCAGAGAAAGAUGCGAAAUGGUGGGUUUCAUAGGACGCUAAAGUCUGUAGUUGAGAACGGUGGCGUCUACAAACCAAAGAAAGGGAAACAAAUAAACAUCAACAUGAAGCUAGCUUCAUAUCUGACCAACAGCAUUGAUGAGGAAUUCAGGAAGACCUUCCCAAAUGAAGUCAAAUGUGGACCAUUCAACGGAGUCAUUGAUACAUUUUCACUUGAUACAGAUAAGCUGAUUCAAAAGUACAAAGAUGUCGGAUUGCAACUGAACUUUCUGAAGACAGAGGAAGACAAAAUUCAGGCAAAACUCAACAAGAUCAUCCAGAGGCGUAAGAAAUCCAUCUACAACAGUCUGACAGAGAAAAUAGUGGAAAUCAUGGAGGAAUCCUACAAAAAAGCAGCAGAGUUUAGAGGAAAAGGCUCACUGGAGAAAAUGAGGAGAACUAUUGCCACACAUGUACAUGAAAACAUCAUCAUGUUUGAGGAGGCCAAAGAUGUCAUGUUGAACCAGCUGAAUUAUUUGAAGGAGGACAUCCUGGAGAUACUGGAGGGAACCAUGAGGGAAUCCAUUGAGCUCUCACUGAAGACAGAUGACAACUCAGUCCCAGAUGUUCCAACUGAACUUGAGAUGGUGAAGCGAUACUACGAUGAACUGAAAGACAAUCCAGACGGAGAAACAUCACUACUGGGCUUCCAUCAGUGGACAGAAACAUCAGAGGCCUGGUCUCCCACUGAACAUCUCUGAGGAUCACUGACUCAACACAGGACACUCUGGAUUUGGUCUCAACCAUUUUUAUUAAGUUGGUUUCUGUGUAUGUUUGAUGCUUUGGUUUGAUUUGUUCAUUGACUUUGUUUUUAUGAAUUUUGUGCUGAGAGAUUACAGAUUUUUUUUGAAGUUUUAUUUCAUUUAUUGAUUCCAGUCCAGAGGCAACUAAAAAAGUAGAGAGAGAUGAAAUGCAAAGAGCCCUGGUUGGAUUUG